AUGUCUUUUCCUGCGUCAUUGAAACCAGCAGCAAGAUCAGCAUAUCGAUCUAUGCUUCGAGCGUCUAGAAUAACGUUCCAAGGCGAUCCAAUAAGACAUGUACAGAUGUUAUCAGUUUUACGACAAACUUUUUCUUCACCUUCUCUAACACCGCCUUCGCCUGGUUCAGCAGAAUUAUCAACACCAUCCAAAGCUUCGUUUGACCCUAUAAUAGAGCAAGAUAAAGUGAAAGAAGAUGAAAUUCAACAGAGAAUACAAGAAUGGAAUGAAGCCGCUAAAUUCUUAAGGCAAAACGUCGUUCAAGGUGUUCAAGAUCAGGAUGGUACAUGGAAACUAAGAGUAACGGACGAAACUGAAUUGGGAAAUAACGAAACUAUAAAAGAACCACCUCAACUACCUACAACACCAUUCCCAAAUAGAAACAAAAGAAGAUGUUCAGAUUCCUAA